AACACGGUUUGCCGACAGUGAGAGGCAGAGAGUGUUUCAAAGGACACGCAUCCCCCACACUACAGUAUUAUUUAUGUAUGAAUCGAUAAGGUAGACCCGCAUGAUCUUCAACCACAAUCUUCACUUUAAAAUAUCCCCACUGAGAAUAUAAAUAAUUGAACAACCCUAUUGAAGUCUUGCAGAACCAAACAACAAAAAAGAUGGCAGCAAGUGGAGAAGAGAAGAAGUAUUCAACAAGCGAGCUUAUGGCAAGCGCAAAGGUGGUAGCAGAGGCAGCACAGUCAGGUCUCGGGAAAGAAUCAGAGGUAGACAAAGCCAAAGCGGCAGAAGCUGCCGGUGAUCUUCUAGAUGCAGUUGGUCAGUAUGCUAAAUUGGAUGAUAAUAAGGGCGCAGGACAGUAUCUUGAUAAGGCUGCUGAUUAUCUGCAUCAGUAUGAGUCCACCAACACCAACACCACUGCUGCUCCACCAACUUCCAAACCAGAUCAGCCCAAAGGUGAUGAUGCACCGAAAUCCGAAGAAGCGGUGAAAUCCGAAGAUGGAGGAGGAUCAGGUGGACUUGGUGGAUUAGGAGGAGAUUUUGCUAAGGUUGCUGGAGGUUUCUUUAAAUGAAAAUCAUGUGAAUUCGCUUUUGAUUAAUAAGGUUGUUUAUCUUAUCAUAUGAUUAAUAUAGAAUAGGAUAUAGUGUUGUGUGAUGAUGAAUGUAAUAUGUAAGGUAACAGAGUUGUGUUGUCCACUUUAUUAUUGUUUGAACCAAGAUCCUCCUGUCCUUAUUUGUUUAUGUUUUCCCUAAUUCAGCUGCAUAUGUACGUCAGCAUGUGUAUAUAUGUUAGUCAAUCCUGCUAUGUUAUUCA